UCGAUGUAUUACAGUUGAAGUACUUGUGAAUUUUCCGGGUGAUAAGGGAAGUGCUUGAGCACCACUGCUUGUACCAUUGUAUGAGUUUUCCUCAGGGUUUCUCAGUUGGUCAUUCGGUUUUUUUUGCUACUCAGUGACACACGUCGUGAAGUCUCUGCGAGCUGGGAAAUUAUCUCUAUCGGUAUUGCUUCGAAAUUCCGAGUGCAGGGGAAUAAGAUUCGGUGAUAUAUGAAAUGAAAGGUCGAACAAAGUCACACGAGUCUAGAAUUAUUGGGUAAUUAUAACUGUUUACUGCGGUUUCAACGCUUUGAGAAAAAAACUUGCCGACGAAUUCCUGGGGAUUUUGCCGCUGCUACUGGUUUAGAAGUGUGUGUGUGUGUUGUGUUGAAGUGCGAUAUUUGUUGUGGUAGUAUCACCGUUUCCGAGGGACUGUGAAAAUUUUGACGGCCAGUACUGUUGCUCGUCUCCACCAAAUUUCAGUUAAUUUUUUUUUCUUUUAAUCCGCAGUGAAAUCUACAGUUUAGCGCUCUCUGUCUUUGGUGACUAUCUCUCUCUCUCCUUCCCUCUCUCUCUCUAUUUUAUGUUAUUUUUCUUUUUCUUUUUUCGGUUAUUUUAACGUUACGUAAAGUUAUCGAGAGGUGGACAAUCACGAUAUUGUUGAAAUACAAGGCGUUAUGCUAAUGGUGAAGCGAAAGUGAAACGUGGAUUAAUGGGAUAUGGGAAAAUUAUGAAAUUUCGGAGGGGCUUGGGAAAUUGCACUGGAUCUUUGGAGAUUGCUGGAGGGGAGAGUGACAGCAUUUAGAGGAUUUUCGGGAUUCUGAGACCUAGGGCGAGUGUAAUAACACGGUUAUUGUCAUUAACACUGUGAUUUCAACUCUCUUCUGGCUCUUCCUAUUCAAUUGAUUUUGCCAAUUGUCAUUUGUGGUAUCGUCAGUGUCUUUUAACACCACUGAGAUGCCGUUGUUCGGUAGAAAAGAGUCCAACAAAAAACUCAAGAAGGAUGGCAAGGACGAUAAAUCCCCCUCCGUUGAUGAUAAAUAUGUACUUAAGGAGCUCCUCGGAACCGGAGCAUUCUCAGAAGUGAGACUAGCCGAGAGUAAGGAAAGACCGGGACAAAUGUUUGCGGUGAAAAUAAUUGAUAAAAAGGCACUGAAAGGCAAGGAGGAUUCGUUGGAGAAUGAAAUAAGAGUGUUACGAAGGUUCAGUGAAACAGUGACACCACAGAGUGGUGCAGGCCCGAUGUCGGAUAGUAGUGGCGAAAGAGGAUGGUUGAAACAUCCGAAUAUCGUUCAGCUGCUGGAGACAUUUGAGGAUAAACAUAAAGUUUAUCUCAUAAUGGAAUUGGUGACGGGAGGAGAAUUGUUCGACAGAAUAGUGGAGAAGGGAUCGUACACGGAGAAAGAUGCCUCAGGGUUGAUAAGACAAGUGUUGGAGGCAGUGGACUAUAUGCAUGAACAGGGUGUUGUUCAUCGGGAUUUGAAGCCUGAAAAUCUUCUGUAUUAUAGUCCGGAUGAGGAUAGUAAAAUUAUGAUAAGUGACUUUGGUCUUUCGAAAAUGGAGGAUUCGGGGAUCAUGGCGACUGCUUGUGGUACUCCGGGAUAUGUUGCUCCCGAAGUACUGGCACAAAGGCCCUAUGGGAAGGCCGUCGAUGUGUGGAGCAUAGGGGUCAUAUCGUACAUCCUAUUAUGUGGUUAUCCACCAUUCUACGACGAGAGUGAUGCCAAUCUGUUCGCUCAAAUUUUGAAAGGUGAGUUUGAAUUCGAUUCACCAUACUGGGACGACAUAAGUGAUUCAGCCAAGGAUUUCAUUCACAAACUCAUGUGCGUUAAUGUCGAUGAGCGGUACACUUGCAAGCAGGCUCUGGCACAUCCAUGGAUAUCAGGAAAUGCAGCAAGCAAUAAGAAUAUCCACGGUACUGUAUCGGAACAACUUAAAAAGAACUUUGCCAAGUCGAGGUGGAAGCAAGCCUAUCACGCGGCCACGGUCAUACGUCAGAUGCAGAGGCUGGCACUGAACAGGGGCAACAACAACAGCAACAGCAGCAACAACGGGGACAGGGAUCCCUAGGUACGACCGGCCCCUCUCUAGGCAACCCAACGGUAUCCAGAGGGGAUCAAUCGCAAAUAACCAAUCCGAAUCAUCGCCAUCGAACAUCGGGAGCAACACCAAAUACAUACAACUGAAAGAAAUACUUGAACCACCGAUUAAU